GAAUUCUCACACGGCACUGGGAAAGGGAUUAGGAUCCGCAGAAGCUAAACCCCGGAGAACCGCCCUGCCUGGAUGAUCGAUUGAUCAUCACCGGAGAAUAUCGGACGGUUCCAUUAAGCCGGCCGAGCUCACGCUCUUUAUCCCCGUCCGUUCAUUACGUCGGAGCUCUUAAAUUAGCGAAGAGGUUUAGAUUCACAUUCCUUGUUCGAAGAACAUAUAGAACGAUAAAUCUUCGAUUUGUGGAGUGGCGGAGAGUUUUUGGUGUUCCACAGAUGUCAGAACAACAGACUCUGGAUUUGGCCUGGGAAUUUUGUAAUCAUUGUGGAGUUGAAUAAAAAUGGAACGAGCUUAAAGAAACAUUAUGCAAGACGUGGAGGCAGAUUCUCAGUUGAUGGUGUAAGAAUUAUUUCUGCAAACAUGGUUAGUCCAGUCGGUCUCAAAGCAUCUGAAUCCAUCAGUCCUGAGUUGAAUUGGAAGAAAGUAACAAAAGGAAGACGCUCCAGGAAACCAAUUAGCAGAAGUUCCAACUGGGGUGGAAAACUAAAGAAUCAGAGUCCCAGGAGAGUGGGAGAUUUUUCAGGUUCCGAUUCCGACAAGUUAGUUGAGAUUCUCAACGAGCAAUCUGCUCCGGACAAAGCAGAGCGCAUUCCCAUAAAGAAGAGGAGGCAUUUGCUAGGUACUCCAAUUCAAUCUGAAGAACGUGAUCGGAUUUCCGAUGAUAAUCAUCCACCGGGGAACUUAAGUUCGUCUUCUUAUUCCGACCAUCAGGCAGUGGCUUUAAAGCUUUGUAACACAAUUAGAGAUGGCAUUUUGGAUGUCAAGCGUACAAAGCUUCAAACUGGGAGGAGCUAUUACAACACUGAGGACUUUUCAGGCAUUGCAUUGCUUGCAGCAGCUGCAUGCAGUAAUGGAGUGGAUGAUGACAUUGGUACUGAAAAGGAUUCUAGAAACCAGUCGGGAAAGGACAUGAUUCCUAAAAGUGAAUGUUCAGAUUUUCUUCAACAGAAUUCAGCUAUUCUGCAAGAUUUGGAUGAAGACAAUAAUAAACUUGGGGAAUAUAUACCUUCUGUAUCUCCGAAGGUUGACAGACUGUAUUGGGACCUCAAUAUACCUAUUGAUUCUUGGGGUAAACCUCAGGAUGACCAAGCCACCACUGGAAAUGCUCAAAAUAAUGGUGAAAUUGGGCACAACAAAAACCACCGUGUGAGCAACUUCACUGAAGACAGGAUUAUUCCUGAGACAUCUGAUUUCGAUAAUCUCAAAAAAAUAGUUGAACCUUUUGCAACGUCUCACGAGGAUAUAUCAUCUCCUGGUGACAAUCUUUCCAACAAAUCAGUUCAUGCAUCAACAACCUUAAUUUCUCAGGGACAGCCAACUGUUGCAGUUUUUGAUGGUGCCUCUUCUGAUGAAGCUAAUAUUUCUCAUCACUUAUCAAAUUGUGAAGCUCUGUCAUCAUCAGUCAAUGAUACAAAUACUGGCAGGUCAGUGAAGACGGAGUCAGUUUUUGGAGACAGCCACAAAUCAGACAUCUCCCACGAGUAUCGUGGUCAAAAUAAUUGUGGUUUGUAUAUGAAAGGUUUUCGUGCUGGUUAUGACUCCCCCUUUGAAGAUGGGGAGUUGAGAGGAUCUGGUUUAUGUUGUUGGGAGGAAAAUGAGGUAUAUGGCGAGGAUGGAUGCGUUGACUAUGAUUCAACUGGAAAUGGUAUGCAUGAUCAACAUGAGUCAGAAGUUGUCGAAGAUGGGUCUGAGGAUGGUUCACAAGGUUGUUUUGAGAAGAGACUUUCUUCUUUGAAUGGACGAUUUGUUGAAGCAGAUUUCAGUAGGGGUCCUAGGUCACUGAAGAACAUUAGGGUGCAACCCAGGAGGUAUGAUUCAAGCAUGGGAGGAAAUUAUGCGAGAAAAGGAGAAGUGUUUGGUUACAGGCGGUCAUAUAAUGAAGAUUUUGGUUUGAGACCAGAUAGAGCCAAGUUGCAGUCACGCACUGAAGGGCCAAUGUAUGUGGAUGCAAAAGACAGGAAGGGCUCUAUAUUGUUCCAUCCCCGCCGAAGGCCUCAUAGUUUGGGUUCUUACAGUAGAAGACCUGAAAGAGAAUUUUCCCCUGAAAGGGGAUUUACCCCUGAUAAAUUUAUGGGCAGCAGAUAUAGAUCUGCAUUCCUUGAACGAAAUAUGAAUCCAGGGGGCGGUCAUUGGGAGGGCAGCUGGGAUUCAAGAAACCGAUAUCCUUCAACUACUUAUCAGCACAUCCCUGAUGGUCACCGGCGAAGAACCUUUGCUGCUAAUGUAACUGAACGGUUUGACCGGAUGGGUUCUCACGACCAGAGAAAUUAUUCCUCAAACUACAUAGAAAGAAGACCUCAUGGGUUUAAACGGAGGAUAUCAGUUGAGGGUGGGGAUGAUUGGUAUGACAGUCCUAGGAGGAUGGAACCUGCCAGGAUUGGCCGAUCUGGAAGUUAUUAUUCUCGGGGUGGUAGAGGAGGCUUUGCAGGGCACAGAGGUCAUUUCCCUUUACCAGACGACGAUGACGGGUCACCUAAUGGAAUGCGGCGUCGUUACUUGAGGAAAUCUCGGUCAAGGUCGAGGUCCUCUACUCCUCGGAGUGGUAGAGGCUUCAGAGGGCAGGGAGGUAAUUUCUCCUUACCUGAUGAUGGCGAUUUGUCGCCAAUUGGAGCGCGGCGGCGUUAUUUCAGGAAAUCCCGUUCGCAGUCGAAGUCAUCCUCUUCUCCUCGGGCUUGGUGUUAUUCUCCAAGAGAUUGGAACCCACCGGCCAUGAGAGGACGCCCGUCGGGCAGAUUGCCCGACCGGAGAUUGAGGGGUGUUCCUCACUAUGCGGAAGCGGAUGAAUAUGGAAGAGGAGGGUUUGUGUCCCCACCGAGGCGGCACUUCUCCCCUGAACGGAGAUCGAGAAGGACAGACGGUAGCCAACACUUUGUUGGCAGCCGCGGGAGAACGCCCGUGAGGGAGACCGUAAAAAGGAAUCAAAGAUUCGACCCAUUGGGACCGGGCAACCGAUUCAAGUCAUCCAACAACCAUUUCAGACGCACGGGGAGAUUUCCAUUGAUGGGCGGCAACGAAGACAGUGACAUGGGAAGGGUGAGGAUGAACAGUUACGAUGACAUUAGUCCUCUGAAGAAGCAUUCGGAGGAUGUUGCUGCUGUAAAGGAAACCGGACAUGGCGGUGUUGAUGAUAAAUAUGAGGCAGGAGGCAAUGAAGAAGAACAAGGAAAAGAUGAAGACAAUCAAGACAUCCACUGUACAGGGAAUGCUGCACAAGGUACUCUUGUUAUUGAUGAAGAUAAAAAAUAAAUCCCUCUAAAUACAACAACAUGGCACUAUUGUUUUUGUUUUUUUGGCUGGUUAAUGUUUGUUGUUGCCUUAGGAGGAAUGUUGGUAGGAAAAAAAGCCGUUGCUAAUAUAUAGUAGUGUCUAGCUUUAUUAUUCUACGUCCACAAAAUGAUUUCUUUUUAUGGCCAUUAGUGGAUAAGAAAAUGAAAUAAUUUUUGCUGAUGAAUUAAUUAAAUUUUAUGUAUUUUGGUAGCUGUCCCUCAUCCCUUUUUCGGAGAAGACCGGUUUUAUUUGUUGGACACUUGGACAUGUGCCUUCUACCAUCCAUUGUACAUCUUGAUGGAGAAAAAAAAGACCAAACUUGGUG